AUGGUAGGCAUUUCAUUCUCAGAAAAUGAGUCCUUUCCAGAAUUGAGAAACUAUAUUAUUUGGCCGUUAUUGACAAAACAAAUAGGCAAGAAGUCAUUUUUUAUUAACAUAAAGAAAUUGGAAAACACCAUUGAAACAUUGGAGGAGUUGGAAAAGCAAAUCGGUCGCCUUGAUCUAACCAAGUAUCUUGAUUCGGGUAAACAAGAAACAAGGGAAUCUUCAACUUCUGUUGUUGAUGAAUCUGAUAUCUUAGGUAGGCAGAAAGAAAUAGAGGGAUUGAUUGAUCGUUUGUUGUCUGAGGAUGGAAAGAAUCUGACUGUAGUUCCUGUUGUUGGAAUGGGGGGCGUGGGCAAGACAACACUUGCUAAAGUUGUUUACAAUGAUGAGAAUGUGAAAAAACAUUUUGAUUUGAAAUCUUGGGUUUGUGUGUCUGAACCAUAUGAUAUUCUCAGAAUAACAAAGGAGUUACUUCAAGAAAUUGGUUUAACGGUUGAUAACAAUCUGAAUCAACUUCAAGUCAAAUUGAAGGAAGGCUUAAAGGGAAAAACAUUUCUUAUCGUCCUAGAUGAUGUGUGGAAUGAAAACUAUAAAGAGUGGGAUGACUUGAGAAAUCUUUUUGUACAAGGAGAUGUAGGAAGUAAGAUCAUUGUGACGACACGUAAGGAGAGUGUUGCCUUGAUGAUGGGUUGUGGGGCAAUCAACGUGGGGACUCUGUCUAGUGAAGUCUCUUGGGAUCUAUUCAAGCGACAUUCAUUUGAAAAUAGGGAUCCUGAGGAACAUCCAGAACUUGAAGAGGUUGGAAUACAAAUUGCACACAAGUGCAAAGGAUUGCCUUUAGCUCUAAAGGUACUUGCUGGUAUUUUACGCUCCAAAUCAGAGGUGGAUGAGUGGAGAGACAUUUUAAGAAGUGAAAUAUGGGAGCUGCAAAGUUGUGCGAAUGGAAUCUUACCAGCGUUGAUGUUGAGCUACAAUGAUCUUCGUCCACAAUUGAAGCGGUGUUUUGCUUUUUGUGCAAUAUAUCCGAAAGAUUAUCUAUUUUGCAAAGAACAAGUUAUUCACCUGUGGAUUGCUAAUGGUCUUGUACAACAGUUGCAUUCAGCUAACCAUUACUUUCUCGAGUUGAGAUCGAGAUCAUUGUUUGAAAAGGUCCGAGAGUCUUCUGAAUGGAAUUUGGGGGAGUUCUUAAUGCAUGACCUUGUCAAUGAUUUGGCCAAAAUUGCAUCUUCCAAUCUGUGUAUUAGGUUGGAAGAGAUCGAAGCAUCUCAUAUGUUGGAACAAAGUAGGCACAUAUCCUAUUCAAUGGAAAAAGGUAACUUAGAAAAGUUGAAACCCUUGUACAAUUUGGAGCAGCUGAGGACAUUGCUUCCCCUCAAUAUCCAGCAGUAUUCAUUCCCUCAAAGUAAGAGGGUUCUGCAUGACAUAUUUCCAAGACUAACAUCCCUAAGGGCACUAUCACUGUCUCAUUAUCUGAAUAGGGAGUUGCCAAAUGACUUGUUUAUCAAGUUAAAGCACCUAAGGUUUUUGGACCUCUCUGGGACAUUCAUAAAAAAGUUGCCAGAUUCAAUUUGUGUACUGUACAACUUAGAGACACUUCUCUUGUCACAUUGUAGUUAUCUUAAGGAGCUACCUCUGCAUAUGGAAAAAUUGAUCAACUUGCGGCACCUUGACAUUAGCAAAGCUCAUUUGAGGACACCACUACAUCUAAGCAAGUUGAAAAGUCUCGAUGUGCUAGUGGGAGCCAAUUUUAUUCUAAGUGGUCGCGGUGGUUUUAGAAUGGAAGAUUUGGGUGAAGUACAUAAUUUGUAUGGAUCUCUAUCAAUUCUAGAGUUGCAAAAUGUGGUUGAUAGAAGGGAAUCUCUGAAGGCAAACAUGAGGGAAAAGAAACAUGUUGAAAGGUUAUCUUUGGAGUGGAGCGGAAGUUUUGCUGACAAUUCACAAACUGAAAGAGACAUACUUGAUGAGCUACAACCAAAUACAAACAUAAAAGAAGUCGAAAUCACUGGAUAUAGAGGGACAAAAUUUCCAAAUUGGCUUGGUGAUCAUUCAUUUCAUAAGCUAAUAAACUUGUCUCUUAGCAACGGCAAAGACUGUGAUUCCUUGCCAGCGCUAGGACAGCUUCCUUGUUUAAAAUUCCUUACCAUUAGAGGGAUGCAUCAAAUAACAAAGGUGACUGAAGAGUUCUAUGGUAGUUCGUCCUCCACAAAGCCAUUUAACUCUCUUGAGAAACUUGAAUUUGGAGAGAUGCCGGAGUGGGAGGCCCUAUGGACAUGA